AUGGUCACGUACAUUGGGUAUUAUCAGAGUCACUCGGAUCAUACGUUAUUUGUGAAACGGAGAAGUGGAAAAGUGACGACCUUAAUUAUCUAUGUGGAUGAUAUUAUAAUAACGAGUGAUGAUACAAAAGAGAUGAUGAGGCUGGAACGAAACCUGGCUGCCAAAUUCGAGAUGAAGAAUUUGGGAGAUUUGAAAUAUUUUCUUGGUGUGGAGGUCGCUCGGUCAUCUAGAGGUAUUUUCUUGUCUCAACGCAAAUAUGUUCUGGAUUUAUUAAAGGAAACAGGAAUGCUGGGAUGUAAACCGGUGGACACUCCCAUCGUGGAAAAACAUUAUUUAGGGAUUUAUCCAGAUCAAGAACCAGUUGACAAGGGUAGGUAUCAAAGGCUGGUGGGGAGAAUGAUUUAUUUGUCUCACACUCGUCUGGAUAUUGCCUAUGCUGUAAGUGUAAUGAGUCAAUUCAUGCACUCACCAAGUGUGGAUUAUAUGGCGGCAAUAAUGAGGAUCUUGGCUUAUUUGAAGUUUGCACUUGGUAAAGGGAUCUUGUAUGCGUGUCAUGGACAUAUGAGAAUUGAAGGUUUUACCGAUGCUGAUUGGGCAGGUGACGUGACUAAUAGAAGAUCGACAUCUGGGUAUUUUACAUUUGUUGAAGGUAAUUUGGUCACUUGGCGAAGCAAGAAACAGAAUGUAGUAUCACGAUGCUCUGCUGAAGCCGAGUAUAUGGGAAUGGCAUAG